AUGGACAGCCUACAGGGAGGAGGUGAGGGUCCUGGCGGAGUGGACAGCCUACAGGGAGGAGGUGAGGGUCCUGGUGGAGUGGACAGCCUACAGGGAGGAGGUGAGGGUCCUGGUGGAGUGGACAGCCUACAGAGAGGAGGUGAGGGUCCUGGUGGAGUGGACAGCCUACAGGGAGGAGGUGAGGGUCCUGGUGGAGUCGACAGCCUACAGGGAGGAGGUCGUGGGGAGCAGAGCGGGGUGGCACCGGGUCAUGAGGAGGAGAGCAGGGUGGCAGCGGGUCGUGGGGAGGAGAGAGGGGUGAAAGCAGGUCGUGGGGAGGAGAGCUUGGUGGAAGCGGGUCGUGGGGAGGAGAGAGGGGUGAAAGCAGGUCGUGGGGAGGAGAGCUUGGUGGAAGCGGGUCGUGGGGAGGAGAGAGGGGUGAAAGCAGGUCGUGGGGAGGAGAGCGGGGUGCCAGCGGGUCGUGGGGAGGAGAGCGGGGUGCCAGCGGGUCGUGGGGAGGAGAGCGGGGUGGCAGCGGGUCGUGGGGAGGAGAGCGAGGUGCCAGCGGGUCGUGGGGAGGAGAGCGGGGUGGCAGAAGGUCAGUUGGAUCGGCAGAAAACAAUACCAGGAGUAAAAGGUGUGCGGGUGGCUGAGUCACGGCCAUGUGCCCAUAUAGGGAGUUCCUGCUAG